AUGGCCCAUGCAGACUGCGGAGAAGAGCGAAACUAUUUUACAGGGAAACGAGCUGAAAAGAACCAGAAUCAAAUCAACGAAAUUAGAAAAAGAAAAAGAAAAGAAGAAACAGAAUCAUUAUUGAAGAAUAAAUGUGAGAAAUUAAAGCGAUUUUCAAUACAGCAGCAGCAGCAGCAGCAGCAGCAGCAGCAGCAGCAGCAGCAGCAGCAGCAGCAGCAGCAGCAGCAGCAGCAGCAGCAGCAGCAGCAGCAGCAGCAGCAGCAGCAGCAGCAGCAGCAGCAGCAGCAGCAGCAGCAGCAGCAGCAGCAGCAGCAACAGCAGCAACAACAGCAACAACAGCAACAACACCAACAACAGCAACAACAGCAACAACAACAACCGGAGUCGAUAUUUACGCUGCCGUAUAUAUAUAAUGACAUUUUAUUAUGGACUGUCAUCUAA